UUGCGAAGGCAACCGUAGGAUCACGGGCUACUCCUGAAUGUUCCAUUCCCACAGACUAUACUGAGGUCACAGUAAACGUUCUAGAAAUAUUCCAGUACGGUAUGGAAUAUUUUGAAGGCUACUGUGUUCUAGUCGUGUCUGAGGGUAAAUGGUUUGGACUGGACCGGAAGUCUGAUCAAGACAUUAAUCAACAUCGUCUUGAUGUUAUGUAGAGAUGUAAAUAAAUUGUCAAAAAGACUAAAAUUUCUUCUCUUCUGAUCGGAAAAAGAAGUUUGACAGCAUUUCGUGUGUUUUUCAGAUAUCGUUUACCAACGCAGGUGUAGCUUUUUUUGAGGCAAAACUUUUUGUUAAGUGCCUAACAUCUGUUUUCCCUUGUUUCCCCACCGCCAGUCAUGUUUUCAAUGAGAGCAGACGUUCAUGUGUCAGGCUGGUUCUGGUCAAUGGUGGCGACUGGGUGGCGCGCUGCUGAGUGUCAGUGCUGACAGAGUGACGGUGACUCUGGCAACCACACCAAAAAAAACAAAAAAAAACAAACAUCCAACCUUCUCUCUAGAAAUACAAUUAAACGAGCUAUUUCUCUAAAUCAAAGCACGACUGCUGUCGGCCAGGAUUCUAUUCCCAAGUGAAGGUCUUGACAGUUUUCAUUUUCCGCUCCAGUGAGCAGAGACGGCAGGUCUGUAAAUGGUUUGUAAGAUAUUAAAGACAUUUAUGGAAACCAGUCCAAUUCUCUGCCUCAGCUCCAGUUUUUAAGGGCUUGUAACAGAACCUGAGCCAUAAAACUGUGGAGAAAUGUUUAUUCACAGCUUGUGUGGUUAAUUUUUUGUCAUUAUUUAUACCAUGUGUUAUUAUGAAGUUUUUAAAUAAAAGCUGACAGACUAUUUCAUCCAACUAAGAAGAUACAUGUUUUUUGUUUUUGUUUUUGUUUUUUAAAAAAGACUUCCUUCUAAAUUAAGCUUAUUUGCAUUAAGCUGUCAGAAACCAUUUUGGUGACACAAUGAGCCAUCGAGCUGCAAACAACCUGCACUGGGACUAUUUUUGUCUCCCGACUCAGGUUUCCUCUUCUGGACUUCAAAGACUCCUGGAAUCACUGCAUGUGAAAAACAGGAGGCCAGGAGCAGAUGAACUAAUUUCCUCGCUUUACUUUAUGAGGCCCUGGUUAGUGAGUAGAAGGACCUGGUUUAGCUGGUAUUUGUUCUGGGUCUGGAUCACAUUACCUACAUCAACGGGUCUGUAAAAUGUCCAAAGGCUAUAGACCAGAAAUGGACAUGGCCAUUUGGUUAUGAGACAAAGUCCAGGUAUAAAGUCUCAAACACCUGUGAUGAAAAAAACAACAAACAAAUUCACAAAAUAUUAAGAGAAGCUGUGUUUGGCUGUCGAUGAUUACAAGCCUGAUCCAAUUACUAUAAAUGUAGCACAAAGAUCCAACAGAACCAGGACAAGUGUUAAAGCACAAAAGCCAAGAAGUUGUCAUCAGUAUCUUUUACUAGUUCUGUUGUGUUACUGUGAUCUAAUCUGAACCAGGAAACCAGGAAAUCAGGACAACAAAAUCUGGGUUUUUUUAAGGUGGAGUUUUUCAGGUUAGGUUUAGAGACAACUGUCUUAAGUUCCCUGUUCAUAAAAAUGUUAGUUAGACAUCACUCCGAUAAUGAAAAUUUGAUAACACAAUGCCUUGGUUUUGCCAAAUUACCUGGAAUUCGACAUAGGGUACUGAGACGUUUACCUCAGUUUUGGGGCAAACGGCUGCACAUAUCGGUAUCAGUUGAUAUAGGAAACAGAAAUUUAGUAUUUGGACAAUAUUGGCAAAAAGUUAAUAUCGGACAUCCCUAGAAAAUGCCAAAUGUAUCAUCUGUUUAGUUUGUACUGUAGAUCAGACUGUGGGUAAACAGGGCAGCUUUAGGAUCGUUGGUGCCACCCUAUAUCAAUAUCACUGGUCACAUGUCUUUUAUGAGACUUUUUUUCACCAGCUUCUCUCCUCAGCACCUGCACUCUAACAUUUCUGUGAACGCCCCUGCAGGUGGACGACUGCUCGGCCUGGAUGAAAACCUUAUGUUUUGGUGCGUGUGCACGUGUGCGCGUGGGCGUAUACUUAUUGUAGGCGGGUGUGUGUGUGUGGUGAUGCAUAAAUAGAGCGCUCCUCUCCAGUGUGUACAGGGCUACACUCAGCGGGACGCGCGCGGAGCUCUGUGGACCGUUUAAGGAUUUAAACCGGAGGAAAUAUUUACUUCACUGUUGUCGCGUUAAAGAACGAGGGAAAAUGUUCCCAUGGAAUUAACCCCACACUUGUUUUUAUAUAACCCUGGAGACGCACACGCAGCUGCAUCUUUUGGAAAAGGUGCGACAAUGUCGCAGAGGAUGCUGUGAAUUUUUUAAUUUUUGAUUUGAAUUUUUUUUAGAAGGACGUCGGUGGAUGAAGACACAAUACUCUGUCUUCAGUUGGACGUUAAUACCACGUUUGUUGAGAGCCAGAGAAAUACGCUGUUCUGUACAUAAAUUAGCUCCACGUGAUGCAGAGACUCACCUCUCCUGCUGCAAGGCGUUUAUUGCGUCACGGUGGAUGGUCUGAAGACAGGGGACAAGAAUGAGACCCUGUGCGGAGCUGCUGAACGGUCCGUAUCUGAUGCUGCUAAUCACUUAUCUGUUCGUGGCUGUAACGCGCAGCAGUGCAGUUUCCAGAUGUGUGGACCGUGCCUGUAGUCCACCCAUAGGGAACCUGGCCAGUGGGCGGAGCCUCACCACACUCUCAAACUGCUGUGGGAACUGCUCCUCCGUAACUCCCGACCUCUGCCCUGAGAACAAACACCCGUCUGCCCACAUGAAUGACAAUCCCUUCUCACAUCCAGCAACUUGGUGGGCCUCAGGUGCCGGUACCACCACUCAGGACCAGCACGAUGAGAUUCAGCUGGAUCUGGAAACGCAGUUCUGUUUUUCCUAUGUAGUUUUGGUGUUUCGGUCACCCCGGCCAUCGGCCAUGGCCAUUGAACGGUCAGCUGAUUUUGGAAAGACCUGGGAGACUCUUAAGUUUUUUGCAAACAACUGCAGUGAAGAGUUUGGUCUAGCGGAUGAUUUUAGCCUGCCAGGCUCCUUGUGCACAUCACGGUACACAAGUGUAACACCCUGCAGUGGUGGAGAGGUGAUAUUAAGGACACUAGACCCCAGCAGUGCAAAAACACUGGACCCUUACAGCCCAGAGGGUCUGGCUCGCCUAACCCUCACUAACCUACGCAUCAGACUGAUUAAACCCCAGGCCUGUACUGGACCUCUGACCGAGCCCACAGCCUCAGCUUUGACCUCCACAUCUACAAAAGAGAACUCCUCUGCACCAUAUGCUAUUUUUACUCUAUUGGCCAAAGGGACCUGUCUGUGCCACGGACAUGCAGAACACUGUGUCUCACACCACGACGACAACCAACAGUCAAACCAGGACAGUAACAUGGUGUCUGGUAGGUGCCUGUGUACUCACCACACAGCAGGGGAGCACUGCGAGAAGUGUGCCCCGCUCUACAACGACCGACCCUGGAGGGCAGCCAACGGCAGCAGCGGGGAGCCCAACCCCUGCCAGAAGUGCGAGUGUCACGGUCACUCAAACAGCUGUCAGUUCUCUCAGCGGGCAUGGCACUCUUCUGGUGGCACCAGCGGUGGCGUCUGUGAUGACUGUCAACACCACACAGCAGGUCGAAGGUGCCAGCGCUGCCGCCAAGGUUACCACCGCCAUCCAUCCCGGCUCAUCACCUCCCCCCACACCUGCACACGCUGCCACUGUGAUCCACAAGGCUCAGUGCUGCCUCCUCAGUCUGGAGACGGAGGACCAUGGUGUCACCCCAGGACUGGGCAGUGCCAAUGCAAACCAGGUGUAGGAGGAAGGAGCUGCAGUCACUGCCUUCGUGGGUUCUGGGGUUUUGGAGAGAAGGGAUGUGAACCCUGUGACUGUCCUCUCAGCUGUGACCCUGAUACUGGCCGCUGCUAUGACAGCUACUCUACUAAUAAUCAGGUGUUCAAUGUACCUGUUGGAGGAAAAAUCCCAGACUGGGAUCACGGGGUCCCCAUUGAGGAAGUCCAGUGGUCAAAGGAACUUCCUGUCUCUGCUCUGCAUUACACAGGAAAGUGCAGCUGCAAAGAGAAGAAACUGAGAAGUUUGUCUGAUCUCUGUAAGGCUAAACAUGACUACGUGAUCAAGGUCAGUGUGCUUUCUGCUUACGACAAAGGAAGCCACGCAGAGGUUCAGGUCAAAGUUCGGAAAGUCCUUCAAUCAGGCCAGGUGGCGCUAAACCAGGGGACCAUCAGCAUCUAUCCUCUUUCCUGGACCAGUCUAGGUUGCACCUGUCCAAUUCUAAAUCCAGGUAUGGAGUACCUGCUUGCAGGUCCUGAAGAGGCUGGAACCGGGCGGUUACUGGUCACCAUGCAAAGUAUUGUGGCCCCAUGGACCCCUCGACUUGGUCUACUUAUAACAGAGGGCCUGAGGAGUGGGUGUCCAUGAGCUUCACUCUACGAUGUGUACACAUACACCAGACAUAUAUUUGUGCACAAUGCAAAAAACAGUAAUUACAUUUUAAAAACAAUCACUCAACAUUAUGACUCUUUAUGUCCGAAUGCUUGGGAGUAACUCACUAGGUGUGUCAAACUUUUAUUGAACGCUGGACUGAUCAGCAGUGUCCAGAGUACUAGGUCCAGGUGACUAUAAUAUAGAGCGCAAGAAAACAUCAACAAUAUUCUCUAUACACACACAAUCCUAUGUGUUUAUGUAUAUAUAUAUAUAUUUGUCCUGAUUAAUUAUAUAUAGAUAUAUCAAAUUAAUCAGUACAAAAAUCAACCUUCCUAAAUAUGACAAAAAUAAUUCUUUUCUGUACAUGCCAGCAUGUAGAGGUUGUUUGUGACUAAUCCAACAAAAAUGGAUGGAAUUAUUGGAUGUAAAAUAUGCAUAAUUCUGGCCUCUGCAGACUUCUUUCAGAACGACGAAAAAACACAUUUUUAAUACCACAUAUCCACUAGUUCAAUUUGCUGCAUGUUCUAAUUAUUGAAGUGUCACUGCAGAAGCUGGGCAGUCAUUAUAUUUGACAGAAAAUUCAAAAACAAGGUCAAAACCAAGAGUGAUUUCUUUGUACUUUUUAACUAACACCUUGGUUCCACGUAGGCUAAAUUAAAUGUUACUAAAA